AAAGAUGGAAGAGAGAGAGUGAGUGAGAGUCAAAAAAGUUGAGUUUUUAUUUUAGUGGGACCCACGUGACACAUAUCAAAAUUUUGUGUGGAGAAGCAAAUUCACAAUUCAAAAAAGCACAAGUACGAGGAUUGUCACCAGAGUAGUAUCAUUCGACAUAAUUGGAGAAUAUCAUUUAUUAAUACAAUAAGCAUCGCUCCUUAUACCAUAAACUGCAAACUCAUACUUCAUUUGUUUAUGAAAUGUAUGUAUGAAGCAAUGCUUGUAACUACAAUACAAAACAUUCUCAAAGACACAAUCCUUAACCACAUUAAACAAUGCUCCAAUUUAAAAACACUAGAAUCAAUCUACGCAACAAUGUUCAAAACCAAUUUCAACCAAGAUUGUUUCCUUAUGAACCAAUUCAUUACCGCUUCAUCAUCAUUCUCUUCUUUUAACAUAAACUUUGCAAUUUCCACUUUCACACAAAUUACAAAACCAAACACUCUUGUUUACAAUGCACUCAUCAAAGCAUGCGUUCAUUCCCAUUCCUCUAACCAAGCAUUACUACAUUACAUCCAUAUGCUCCGAAGCAGUGUCAUACCGUCGAGUUAUUCAUUUUCGUCUUUGAUUAAGGCUUGCACGCUGUUAACAGAUGCUGUUAACGGUAAAACACUUCACGGACAUGUGUGGAAAUACGGUUUUGAUUCACAUGUCUUUGUUCAAACAACUCUGGUUGAGUUUUAUUCGAGUUUAGGCUACGUGUGUGACGCGAGGAAGGUGUUUGAUGAAAUGUCUGCGAGAGAUGUUUAUGCUUGGACGACGAUGAUUUCAGCGUAUGUGAGGAAUAAUGAUGUGGAAUCUGCGGAGAUACUGUUUGUUGAAAUGCCUGAAGGAAAAAACACUGCCACUUGGAACGCGGUGAUUGAUGGGUAUGCGAAAUUGGGGAACAUUGAGCGUGUUGAGUUUUUCUUUAAAGAAAUUCCUUCGAAAGAUAUAAUUUCGUGGACAACUUUGAUGAGUUGUUAUUUGAAGAACAAGAGAUAUGGUGAAGUGGUGAAGCUUUUUCAUGAAAUGGUCAAUGAAGGAAAGGUGGUUCCUGAUGAAGUUGCGAUAACAACUGUGAUUUCGGCUUGUGCUCAUUUAGGUGCACUUGGGUUUGGAAAAGAGGUUCAUUUUUAUUUGAUGGUGAGUGGGUUUGGUAUUGAUGUUUAUAUUGGAUCGUCAUUGAUCGACAUGUAUGCCAAAUGUGGAAGUUUAGAAAGGUCGCUUUUGGUGUUUUAUAAAUUGAAAGAGAAGAAUUUGUUUUGUUGGAAUUCAAUGAUUGAUGGACUUGCUGCACAUGGCUAUGCAAAAGAGGCGUUAAGGAUGUUUGCGGAAAUGGAGAGGGAAGGAAUAAGGCCAAAUAGAGUCACGUUUGUUAGUGUUUUAACUGCUUGUACUCAUGCGGGGUUUAUCCAAGAGGGUCGCCGAUUUUUUACGAGUAUGAUUGAGGAUUAUUGUAUUAGUCCUCAAGUUGAACAUUAUGGAUGCAUGGUUGAUUUAUUGAGCAAAGGUGGUUUGCUUGAGGAUGCUUUGGAGAUGAUUAGAGGAAUGCGGUUUGAGCCGAACAGUUUCAUUUGGGGGGCCUUGUUGAAUGGGUGUAAGGUUCAUAGAAACUUGGAAAUUGCUCGUGUCACAGUUCGGAAUCUGAUGAUUCUGGAGCCAAGUAAUAGUGGGCAUUAUAGUCUCCUUGUUAAUAUGUAUGCUGAAGUGAAUAGGUGGAGUGAUGUUGCGAAGAUCCGGACUGAGAUGAAGGAUUUGGGUGUAGAGAAGAGAUGUCCGGGGUCUAGCUGGAUUGAAAUCAACAAAGAAAUUCAUGUUUUUGCGGCUUCUGAUAAAUGUCACCCAUCUUAUGGUCAGGUUCACUUGUUGCUUGUUGAACUGGAUGAACAGCUGAGGCUAGCUGGCUUUGUACCAGAAAUGGGGUCUGUUCUUUACUGACUCUGUCUCUUCAAAUUGGAGUGUCGUUAGAAGGAUGAUCGUGUUUAUUAAACUAGUGUUGAACUUAUGAUGUAAAUUGUGCUGUACAUAGCUGAACAGUCGAAGACAAACCUUGAUAAGCUCUUGUAAGUUUUUAUGUUGCUGAACAGGAAUAUAAUUUGAGAAGUAAUGUGUCUAGGAAGGUACUUUGACUAUUGAAAGAAAUUGAUCCGACUCUCAAUAAUCUAAACAUUUGGGUUGAGAAGUACUCUUUGGCAUUGGAACAGAAAAGGAAGAGUAUUUGGAAGAUCUAGAUUCUAAAGUUCCCUAAACUGAGAAAUCCGUGAAGGAUGAAAGUGUAUGGACAGAGGCAUGAGCGGAGCAAGAGUCACACAAAAGACGAGGCCAUCUUGUGAGCAGAGAAAAGUGAGGCAAAGAUUUGGGAACUUGGAUAUAUAGAAGAAGCUAAGUAAGGCAACUCUAAAGAAACACAUGUGCAUAGAACAAAGGUCUUGUACUGAGGCAGUAAUUAAAAGAGUUUGCAUUAGCGGUUCCUUAAAACAACUUCUACUCAACAAUAAUUCUCGGAAUCCUAUCUGGACUCCACAGUUAAGCAUUCUUGAGAGAUGGUCAUAUUAGGAUGGGUGACCUUCUGGAAAAUCCUUGCGUUGCACCUCAUCCUACAUCUGUUAACUUACGAAAAAAGAAGGAAAAAAAUAUUCUACACUAGGCAGAACCUACAUUAACACAUUAAGUAGACUAAUCUCUAUGUUGUAAAUCAAUUCCUUUGUAAAUUAUCUUCUGCUUAGUAUUUCGUAAUAAAUUACCCAAUUUAGAUGAAUAAAUAUGCUAACAAAAGCAGGUUCUAUACUAGCACUAUGUCCAUGGCAAGGAAGCAAGCUUUGGCCUCUAUCACAGGGUUCCGACAUGGCUCUCUUCCUUAUCUAGGAAUUCCUUUGUUUAAAGGGAAACCUAAAGGUGCUCAUCUCGGACCCAUAGUUGACAGAUUGCAUAUUAAGAUGGCUGCUUGGAAAGGAUCUAUGCUUACCAUUAAGGGGAGGGUGCAGUUGGUUAAUGCUGUGCGCAGCAGCAUCCUGGUGUACACUUUCCAGGUGUAUAAAUGGCCUGAUAGUUUGCUGAACAAGUUAAGAAUGAUGAUUAGAAAUUUUGUUUGGAGUGGAGAUUGCAAGCAAAAGAAGUUAUGCACUGUGGCACGGAAGGAUGUGUCUAAAGAUAGAGAAGCAGGAGGUUUUGCUAUUAAGGACCCUGCUUUGGUAAAUAAGGCCUCUCUAAUGCAUCUUUGCUGGAAGUUGACGGAUAGAAAGCCUAGAACCAGUUGUUUCACCUAUAUUGACAGGAUCUCUCUACACUCUACUUGGACAAUUGGAAUCGGGGAAUCUAUCUUAUUCUGGACUGAUAAAUGGUUUUCUAGUACCAUUGUGGGUCAUUCGGGUAUCCCUGAGCAUUUGCAUCAAUUCCUAAAUAUGGAAGUUGCAAACUAUUUGGUUGAAGGAGGGAAUAUUCCUGAUUAUUUUUUGCAAAAGGAUGCUAUGCUUGCUACUAGACAUAUUCUUAGCACUGCUAUACCCUUAACUCUUGUUCCUGAUACUCUUAAUUGGACAAAUGCAACUGAUGGGGUGCUGACCAACAAGCUUGCUUAUUUACACAUUUGUGGAAACUUUCAGCAGCUUCCUUGGUGCAAGCUCAUCUGGCAGAAAUUCAUUCUUCCCUCCAGAUCCUUUAUUUUUUGGGGAUGGGCUCAUGAUAAGAAGCCCACUGAUGACAACCUUAAAAAGAGGGGAUGCAGUCUGGCGUCCAUUUGUUGUCUCUGCAGAAGUCAUUUAGAGACCUCGUCUCAUAUUUUCCUUACUUGCUCUUACUCUAAGAAUUUAUGGAGAUGGCUUAUUUCUGGAACAGACCUGAACCUUGAUCUUUCUAAUUGGUGCACCUUAAUCCUUAAUGGUUACAACAGCUGGAGUAAGCUUGUCCAGCAGAUCAUGCUUACAACAUGUUAUCUGGCUCAUAUGGCUGGAGAGAAACAAUAGGCUUUUUUAGGGCAAGAGCACCUCUGCUUCUAGCUUAAUUCACAGCCUUUUUUAGGGCAAGAGCACCUCUGCUUCUAGCCUAAUUCACAGCGUUAUUGUUUCUCUUCAGCUGAGUUACAAGUUGAUGGUUGUCAAGAAUAGUAAUUCGAUUGCUGAGUUUAAGGUUACACAGCUGUUUGGCCUUCAGAAUAGUUCAGAUGCAUUCCAGUAGCGUGAGGGAGAACAGACUCUAGGAGGUUUAUUGGCACCCUCCUCUGUUAGGAUGUAUUAAAAUUAUAGAUGGGUCUGGGUUUGGCUCACCCUCUUGUGGUGCCAUUGGAAUUUGGAGGAGUUUUUCGAACCUGGCAGUCCACCUUUUUAGGGGGCUUUUCACAGAAUAUUGGGUAUGCCACGGGCUUUGAGGCUGAGUUAUUGGGAGCUAUGUUUGCGAAUGAAAAGUCUGUGGAGUUAAAUUGGAAUGACAUUUGGUUAGAAAGCGAUUCUUUAACGGUGGUAAAAGCUUUUGGUGGUAAAAACUUUUGGUUCAAGCUCUCAUGUUCCUUGGAAGCUGAAAACCAGAUGGAAUAAUUGUAUGACUAUUGUAGUCAAUUCCGGAUACUGGUACACAGUGGCCGACCCAAAAGUGGGAUAUCAGGAUAGCCUAUAACGGUCACCGAUAUUUGAUUAUUUUUGGACAAUUUACAUGAAUA